AUCAACAAAUUUUCUAUCAGUAAAAUGAUUAAGUAACAAAUAUAGUGCGGGUUAUUAACCAGACAUAGUAUGGAGGAAAAAAAACGAUCGUCUCGAUUACAACGGUGACGUCACUAAUACGUUGACUAGCCGUCAUUACAAAAUACCAAAAGCGACGCUCUGAUUCGUCCAUAUCUAGCGGAAGCCAUGUUGGAAAAAAAACAACCAUAAAUUAUGUUACGACGGGUGCGCCAUCUAGCGACUAAGCGAGGAGAAAGUCAGGUUCGCAACCAUACGGUUGCGCAAUGCUUGCCACGUAUUUAUGUCAAAAAAAUGUGUUUUUGCAGGUCUUAUCGCAUCUUUUUCUGAUCAACCGGUUGUAACGCACAGAUUGGUUUUUUUGACCCCCCUGUUGGGAGAUUUGAUCAACUUAAGUUAGUGCAUGUUGUUCGUGUUAUAACCGGUUGUGGGUUGAUCGGUUAAAGAUGGCGGUGGUGUGUUUGCGGAUUUUCCCGCAAGAUGUCAGUGCGUUUUUAGUACGUUAUUUCGCCGUGAGUUGUCGUUAGGUUAGUUAUUUUUGAUGCCAUCUAGCUGUACCCCGCUUUCGAACGUUUCGUGUACUAAUAUGAGUGCAGUGGUGUUAAGUGUGUGUGAAGAAAACCCUGGCUUCCAAUGUUUUUAAACUAAAGUUAAAUUGCGUUAGACGGGGUGAAAAAUCUGGUACAGUGUGUUGUGGCGAAUUUGGGUUAGGUCCCGUAGUUUUCGCAUGAAUUCGGUUCGGCAAGAGAGUUUAACACCGAGUGUUCCAUUUUGAUGGCGCUAUGGCCGCUAAAACAUAACCAGGGAAAAUACAAACCCGCCUUAACCUCACUCUUGGUAAACAUCAAUCGAACGAAAAUGGGUUGCACGAUCUAGUCUUUUGUUUGGAGAGUUGUCAACUUGUCAAAAUGAACGUGAAGCAGGAACGGCACGACGAGGCCGAAAUUCAGGCCCUCGCCGACAAGAUCAAAGAAGCGAGCAAAAAUCGGAUGGCAGUGAACCAGCAGAAGGCCCAUGUGGGCCUGGGCCAGAACCUCAUCCUCUCCUCCAUGAUGAACGACAAGAAGAAGCAAAACAACACCCUCCAGGCCACCAACUGCCAGGAGACCGGGAAGAGCAUCGACGAGGACUCCGUGCGGGGGCGGUUCGGCUGGGAGACCAUCGGCAAGAACCCCAUCCCCUACAUCAACCGCAACGGCGAGAAGUACUGCGCUGUGCGGAUGGUGGAGAUGAAGGCCCUCAACAAAUACCUGAACUACUUGCACCAGGACAUCUACAACUGCACCUGCAUUAGGAGCUACUACAUCACGGAGCCCGAGGGCCGGCUCCUCAACGAAAUCAACAUGCGACACUGUGACUACCACUUCGGUAAAGAACAGUUCACCCCUCGGGAUCUGAUCGUAAGACUGAGUGAUGCUGUGGAGUUCUACAACUUCCUCUGUUCGUGCUACACGAAGUUAGUAAACGGUGAAACGGAUUCUUUAGGACGCAGCGGCUUCAUCCGAAUUAACAAAGAAUCAGUGGUGCCCUACACGGUGUAUAACGACCAAAAAUACGUCCCCUUGUUCUACUUCGAGGGCGAGACGGACAACCUCAAGCUACGAGCCAACAAACUCGAAGGCUGGGACUUAUCCUAUUUAAAAUUCUGUUGUAAAGUACAAGGAAUUCGGAACGAACUUUUCUCGCACGAUUCCUGUUCGGUGAUUAGUUUAAACGAUAUUAAAAAUUAUUUCCCCCCGGGGACCCUGUUCGAGGACUACUGGCCGAAGAAAAGUGUCGAUUCCCAGUUGUUAAUAAGCGGGAAUACGCGGAACCAAUCGCAGAUCAUCCAGUGGACGCGUCAGCCGGCAGCCCCCCCAGUUGCCCACUCGAUCCCCAGUCCUAGGGCUGUCAGUCUGACGCAGCCGAAGCCCCCGGCCGCCAACAGCCAGAUGCACACAGUGCACACCUACUCCUCCUACGGCAUGGCGGGACAGCAUCCCUAUCAUCCCCCGCAAUCCCGCACUCCCGGAGCCCCCAUCAGGACCACCUAUCCCGCGGCAGCAGGGAAUAGGCAUAUGAGGUCGCCUAAUUACUACUCGAACAUUACUCAGGGACCACCGCCGCCGCUUGUACCCACAACACAGGCUUAUCCUACUUAUGGGAAGGAAGAUUGGCAACCGAACUUACACUAUACGAACGCCCAGACGAACGCAACGCCGAAUUAUAUGUUAACCGGAGAACAGCCCAACCUUAACCAAAUCAAUUACCACCAGGAAGAGCAGGACGACUCGCAACCACCUCCAAUGAUUCCCAUUAGGCAAUUUCUGGCGAAUGGUGGUGUGCUUUCGCCCACAUUCUUAAGGCAACAGCAACAAGCGAGGAUGCAUAUGGACGCCAUGAACCAAAAUACGGCCACACGGGACUUGCAAAAUAACUACAACGUCAGCAACCGGCAGUCAAUUCUGAUCAACCAGCAACCAGCCCAUCAACAGUCAUCUCGGACCCAGCCUCCCACGACCUUCGCCGAGGAGCAACACUCGAUGUCCAACGGCCAAAUGUGCUUAGACGACGUCAACUGCAAGCUAAUAUCAAUUCCCGAACCUCCGACUGGCAGCAACCACAUUCCAUAUAAAAUGCAAAAGGCGCUAGUUGAAGGGAAACUACUACCGUGUAUUAAUAUGAAGCCAUAUGUUUACUCCGAACUUCUGGUGACUCUACCUGAUCUCACAGUGAACUUUUUUAACAAUAUACCAGUGCAAUCAUGUCAAAGAGUCAUGAAAGUGCUAGGCAUCGACCUGUACAAACCCAACAAUUCCCAAACCCACGUGCUGAUGGAGUCUGGCAAGUGCCAGAGCAUAAACGACGUGGUACCUUUAGUUCAAGUGCGAAAUGUGAUCGACUUCAUGCCUCAGCUGAAGUACAUGUUGGGGGGCGUUUUACCUAACAUAAUGUCAAAUAAGCGGCAGAGGAACAGCUAGGACUGGGCGAACCUGUGGGGCUAUAACUUUUACAAUCUGUGAAAGUCCACGAACUGAAGUGUUUUGUAAAAGUAACAAAUGUGUUGUUUUAUAUAAAAAUUGUUCCUAAAGUGUAAAUUAAUAAGUACUAUGCAGAAAAGUGAAACUACUAUGUACUAUGCGCUAGUUACACAAAUGAUUUUUAUUUUUGUCAUUAGUGCGUGCUUUUAGAACGUCGAUGCAUGCCGGACUCGUUCAGUACACCCUUUUUGUUGUUAAUUUGACCAUUUUUUUUUGGAAUGUUUUGUGUUUUAUCUUCGUAUUUUUGUUAUGAACUCUUGUUUAGUUGAGGUAUGGUCGACGUUUUAAACCGCGUGUUGAACGUUUCGAUCCUGUUGGCAUUAGAAUAGGUAUUUUGAAUUGUUUGAUCACUUUUUGCUCAUUCAAAAAGUUUUCUUUGGUUAUUGAGAAUUUUUUAAUUUGGCGUCUUUCUAGUCAAUUAAAUUAAGCAGCGUUUAAAAUAUUCCAACAAAAGUGGUAAUUAUUUGAAAUAUCUGCUCUAUUUUUCGUAUAUAAUUAUUUAUUUCUUCAAUGAUCAUUAUAUAUAAUAGAUAGUUAUAUCAAUGUGAAAUGUCCAGGGUAGGGGAUGUACUUUAGAUAAACAUUCUGGAUUUAGAUAAUAACAUUGUAACACUUUUUUGAGAUCUGACAUUUUUCAAGUGGUGUUUCGUAAACGAUUUUGUGUUGAUUUCCUUGGAAACAUGUUUAUUCCCUUGCCUGUGAUAUUUGAACAGAUUACAAAUCAGUAUUUAAUAAAUUUAUUAUGCAUUGAGCUUCAACACUCAAUUAAAUUCCUUAUUGCUACUUAACAUUUUGGCUCUCUGGCAAAAUCAAUUAUGUAUCUGUACAAAAUGUUUGUAGAAUUACUUUUCUAUGUAAUUUUUUAGCAAUUGUUUCUAGUAGUGUUGUUAUACUUUGGCAUUUUUUUCACACAGAUGUAGUUGUAAUGUUACUAUGUAUAUGUAUAUAGUAAACAUUUAUUCAAAUAAAUCUUCUAAGUUCUAUUAUUAAUUUCUGGUUUGACUAUUACUAGAAAUUUUGUUGCCAAAUAUACUUCAAACGAAACUCCAUCACUUACAAACCUGAACCGGAUUUCUUUACUUGUAUUAUGAUAAUUUUGUAGCGUAGGAACCAGUAGCAUUUUUUUAAUAUAAAUUUUAUCUGUUACUUCGUUUACCAUGUAAAUAAAAUAUUUUCAUAUGAUUUUUUUUUCUAAAUCAUAUUUCAACUUCGCCUGCUAUAGGAUGUGUUUCUGCAACUAAUAACCCAGGCUUACGUUUUUUCCGUAGUUUAACCGUCCAAACUACCGAAUUUGCAAUUUAGUUAUUAUUUAUUUUGUACUUGUUUCAUGUUCAUUAGUUCAUUGUUUUUGUUCCCUGAGUUUCAUUAGAAUAAAUUAUUUAUUCUUUAUAAA